AUGGCACGCCUCGCGUGGCUGCUCAGCACCCUGCUGCUGCAAGCCAAUGCGCUCGCUCCGACCCUGCGCACGCUCCUUCGCCGCCGUGCCACGGUGGCGGACCGCGAGGCCGCGCUCGCGCAAGUGAUGGGCGCGCCGGACCGCGACGCGCUGCUCGACGAGUGCCUGCAGCCGUCGCGCAUCCCGCGCUGGCUCGCGCGCGCGCCCGUGAGCUGGCCGGCGCGCGACCUCGCGGCGCUCGAGCGCGUCCUGAAGCUCGGCGGCGAGCUCGACGACGCCGGCGCGGCGCGGCGCGCGCUGCUGUCGACGCUGCGGCAGCUGCCCGAGGCCGGCGGCGCCGUGCGCCUCGAGCGCGAGGCGCGGCGGCGGUCGCGCCUCGCGCCGUCCUUCGACGAGAUGCUCGCGCGGACGCCGGACCUGUCGACGCCGGCCUUCGAAUUGGUCGACACCGCGGACGACUUCCAGGUCCGGCGCUACGCGGACUUCUCCGUCGUGCGCACGGCGCGCCGGGCGCCGGUCGCGGCGGAGGGCCUCGAGCUCCAGAACCCGAAGAUGGCCGGCGCGGGCGCGUUCCAGGCGCUCGCGGGCUACAUCUUCGGCGGCAACGGCCGCGAGGAGAAGAUGGCGAUGACGACGCCCGUGUUCACGCGCGGCGGCGACAUGGAGUUCGUGCUGCCCGAGGCCUACUGGUCCGACGCGUCCCGGGCGCCGGCGCCGACGUCGGACGUGGAGCUGAGCGCGGGCCAGAACGGCCUCGUCGCCGCGGCGUUCUUCGGCGGGUACGCGACGAAGGACGAGGUCGAGCGCCGGUCCGCGGCGCUCGUCGACGCGGUCCGGGCGAGCGGGGCCUGGACGCCCGUCGACGACCCGUACCAGGCGGCGUACAACGACCCCUUCACGCCGCCCUGGCGCCGGCGCAACGAGGUGCUCGUGGCGGUCGAGGCGGCGAAUUAA